AUGAUGAUGACGCAGCCAUUUCCUGCCCACCAAGGCAUGCCGCAACAUGGGUUCCCCCCAAAUCACCCAAUGGCCGCGCAACAUCCAAAUGGACACCCCGGUGCUGGAAUGGUACAACAAAUGCAUCCUGGUGUAUCUGCGCCGGGAGGACCCCAAGUCAGCCAACCGGGGCCGAUGAUGGGCGGAAUGCCCCCGGGCGCUGGGACAGUUGGUCCUGGUGGUCCUGGUGGCCCAGGCCCAAAUGCUCAUGCCCUCUCCCACCUGAAUCCCGCGCAGGCGCAUAUGCUUCAGAACAACCAAUUCCAACAAAAUUUCGCGAACAAUCCCCAUCUAUUACACCAACACCAACAACAACAACAAUUAAUGCGGCAACGAAUGAUGCUUCAACAUCAGCAUCAACAGCAGCACCAGCACCAGCAGCAACAACAACAGCAGCAGCAACAACAGCAACAACAGCAACAACAACAGCAACAGCAGCAACAACAGCAGCAGCAACAGCAGCAGCAACAACAGGGUCUCCCCGUGUCAAUGCCUAAUGGUACCCAAGGUCUUAAUGCUGCUCAAAUGGCUGCAAUGCAAGCGAACCCUGGAAUGCGACCCGUCAAUAUGAUGCACCUUCAGCAGCAAAUGCCACAUGGCCAGCCACCAAGUCUUCAACAGCAGCAGCAGUUUUUUGCUAUCCAGCAGGCUCAACAGCAGGCCCAGCAGGCCCAGCAGGCUCAACAUGCUCAACAGCAGGCAAAUAAUGGACAAUCAGGCCAGCAUACCCCGCAGCGUGCAUCAGCACAGCCCCCGAAUAUGCACGAACAAAGUGCCACUCCACAGUCGCAGCAUGGCGGACCAGGAGGCGGCACACCACAACCCUCUCAGACCUCUCAGCCGCCUUCCACCCAACCUCCGCAACCGCAGGGCCCACCUCAAGGCCAGGCAACUCCUAAUCCCCCAUCGCAGCCAUUGCCGCAGUCGCAACAGCCCGGUCAACAGGGACAGCCUGGUCCGCAGCCUCAACCUCCUCAGGGUGCCCAGGGCCCGCAGCCGGGUCCUCAGAAUCAGCAGAUGACCGCCCAGGAGGUUCAGUUGAAAGCACAGCAGCACCAGAAUGCUCUUAUGAUGCAGCAACAACAGCAACAGCAAAGGAAGAAUAACGCAAUUUUGACCAUUCACGCCUACGCUGAGCAUCUGGGAAACUUCCAACCCCGCAAUGAAACCCAGGAUCUUUUGUAUUGGCAAUCGUUCGUCGAUCGUUUCUACUCCCCUGUAGGUGUGUUGCGGCAGGGUGUUUGGAACAACACUAUUGGAUCUAAACAAUUCGAAAUCGGGACUCCCGCACUGGCACGUUAUUAUUUGACUCAGUUCACUAGCGGGAUUAGUCAAAUUCAGAUGGUGGUAGAAGGGGCACGCGAGCGUGAAUCCCCCAAUGGAGGCCAUUACGUGGAAGCCCCGAAAUGUUCAUUCAUUUAUUGGUUCAAGAAUGAGUGCCAGCUUUUCACCAACGGCACUCUGCGCGCGCAUUUCGAUAUGCACAACAAGCUUGAGAUGCUCGAUGUCAAUGUCGUCAGCCACAACGAGUUCAUUCCGCGGUCUUUGUUGUUGGCCAUGGAGGCGGAUUCCCAAAAGCAAAGUCCGAAGGUCUCGAAGAACUCAAAACGUGCUCAGCCUAAGCAAGCGCCAUCAUUAGUGCCAGAUUCCAAUGUGACUGCCAAUGGUGUGCCUACUCCAGUUAUGGGAUUCAUGGAAGUGGCUGAAACCAUUUCUGCGAUGCAAAUGUUGUUCCAAUUUUCGCAAGCAAAUCCACAGCUAUCACCUCCUGAUGCGUUGCGGAAUCUCGUCAACACUCUCCAGUCGCAAAAUCCCAAUCCAGGCUUUGUAUCAACUCCUAUGCCUAUGAACCAAAGCAUGAAUCCAGGCAUGAACCCAGCCAUGAACCCAGCCAUGAAUCAGGGUAUGCAUCAGGGUAUGAAUCCGGGUAUGAGCCCGGGCAUGAGUCCGAGCAUGAACCCAGGCAUCAGUCCGAGCAUGAAUCCCGCUAUGAACCCUGCUAUGAACCCAGCCAUGAAUCCGACGAUGCACCCAGGCAUGAGUCCGGGCAUGAAUCCAGCCAUGCAUCCAGGCAUGAACCCCGGUAUGAAUCCGGGUAUGAACCCUGGCAUGCAACCCAUGCAAAACGUUCGGGGACAUAGCAUAGGCGCUCCGUCGCAGUUUGCCUCGCCGGCCAUGGCUCAUCUUGGUCUCCCCGGGCAACAAGGCUCGCCUCAUCUGACUGGUUCAGCACACGCGAGCCCAGCCCAAAGUAACCUUGCCGGUCCCCCCGGAAUGCAACCACCAAUGCAGCCGUCCCCAGCCGGCGUGAACAACAGUCCAAAUGUAGGUGGCAACAAACGUCGCCGGGCAAGCACCGUCAAAAUGGAAACCGAGGACGGUGGUGGAGUCGAAGCUAACGGCGCUCCGCAACAGGGCUCAGCGAAAGUAAAGGCUAGCCCUCGGGUGCCGAAGCGACAAAAGGGUGCCGCCGCCUGA